GAGUGUUAUUUCUACAAUGACGUUGCUCGCUCCGUAGUAGUCUGUUCUGCUGCUAGGCGCUCCUCGCUUUCUCCCUCAGAGAGCCGCUUUCCUAAACUCAGCCCCGGGAAACCAUGGCCGAGCAGGCCUCGGGAUCCACCCGGCCGCCGCAGCAAGACGGGGUUAUACAGCAGUCGGCGGCCGAGCAGGAGCAGGAACGAGCUGACUUCCUGAAGCUCAAACAGCAACUGGAGAUGGAGUUUAACCAGAAGCGUGCCAAGUUUAAGGAACUCUAUCUGUCUAAAGAAGAUGAGCUGAAGAAGCAAGCUGCUAUACUGGAGAAGGCCCAGGCCAAACUGAGCAGGGUUCAGGCCCAGCUGGCCGAGGCUAAAGCUGAGAUGGAGACCAUUAAAGCCGUAGCCACCGUAUCUGAAAGCACGAAGCAGGAGGCCAUAGACCAGGUCCGACAGCAAUGGCAGGAUGAGGUGGCUUCGCUGCAGGCUAUUAUGAAAGAUGCAGAGCGUGAGUUUAAGCUGCAGUUUCAGCAGAAGCUGGAGCAGGAGCGCGCUCAGUGGGCUCAGUACAGAGACGCGAUGGAGCGAGAGGUGGCCGAGCUGCGCCGCCGUCUUACCGAGGGACAGGAGGAGGAGAAUUUAGAGAAUGACAUGAAGAAGGCUCAGGAGGAUGCAGAAAAGUUGCGCUCCGUGGUGAUGCCAAUGGAGAGUGAGAUUGCAGCUCUGAAGGCCAAACUUACAAGCUCGGAGGGCCGAGUUAAGGAACUUGAGGCAGCGAAGGUGAAGGAGCUAAAUCACGUCCUGGAGGCCGAGAAAUCCUGCCGCACCGAUCUAGAGAUGUACGUCGCCGUCCUCAACACGCAGAAAUCUGUCCUUCAGGAGGAUGCGGAGAAACUUAGGAAAGAACUUCAUGAAGUGGUUCACCUGCUGGACUUGGAACGACAACAACACAAUCAGCUAAAACACACCUGGCAACGGGCAAAUGAUCAGUUUUUGGAGUCGCAGCGGUUGCUGAUGCAGGACAUGCAGCACAUGGAGAGCGUGCUGUCCAGCGAGCAGCUGCGACAGGUGGAGGAGAUGAAAAAGAGGAACCAGGAAGAGGAUGAGAAGGAGAGAUUAAGUCAAGCUAAAGAGGCCAGUGAGGAUGAGGUGACAGAACAUGCAGAAGCAGUAGAAGAUUCACUGCUUGGACUCUCCAUAGAAGAGUCUCACCUCAGCCCCAGUAUCAACAGUUCUUUGCACUCUCUGGACGAAGACGCUCCGGGCCGCCCAGACGGCUCAGACCUUUUUAAGGAUGGCCUUCGGAGGGUCCAGUCCACAGACAGCCUUGGUUCUUCAGGAGGAGCCCUGCAGGCUCACGGGUUGGGCGGACAAAACAAUAAGGCUAAGUCAGCCAGCCAGUUGGACGAGUCAGACUUUGGUCCUCUAGUGGGAGCAGACAGCAUGGACACCUCCUCUAUAUCCUCCCUUCAGCCUGGACAAUUUCUCCUUACUAAGGACCAGGAGAAGGCCAUUAAGGCCAUGACCCCAGAGCAGGAGGAGACCGCGUCACUGCUGUCCAGCAUUUCUCACAUGUCCAAUAUGGCUUAUCUUCCUCCGUCUGGAUACAGAUUGGUCAGCGAGAGCGAGUGGAAUCUUCUAGAGCAAGAGCUGAAGAAUGCUGGGAGGAAGAUGGGCCGGAGAUGUGAUAUGUGCUCCAAUUACGAGAAACAGCUGCAGGUCAUUCAGGGACAAGAGGCCGAGACCCGAGAUCAGUUAAAGAAGCUUCAGGCUAUGCUGCGGCAAGCAAACGAUCUUUUUGAGAGGACAAUGAAUGAAAAGCAGGAGUUAGAGGAUUCUGUCAGACAGGCCAAUGAGGAGACCACUGCCAAGAUCUCAGAGUUGAAGCAGAAGGUUGAGGAGUCUGAAUCUCUUGUUGGCGUUCUUCGACAGGCCUUCAGCCAGGCCAAGAGGAACACCCAGGAACAGAUGGCUGUCUUGCUACAGUCCAGAGAGCAGGUGGCAGAAGAGUUGAACAGACUCCAGAGAGAUAAUGAUAGUCUUCAGGGUAAACACAAUCUUCACCUGACACUACAGCAGCAAGAGGAUUUUAGCAUGCCCACCACUGUACAGGAGCUGCAGCAGCUGGUAUUGCAGUACAGGGCGGACAUUGUCUCUGCCCGCACGGCAGCCGAGCAUUUGGAGGAGAAACUGAAGGCGGAAAUUCUGUUCCUGAAGGAGCAGCUUCAAGCAGAACAAUGUCUAAAGGAGAACCUGGAGGACACGCUGCAGAUGGAGAUCGAGGGAUGUAAAGAGGAAAUUGCAUCAUUUUCCAGCUUAAAAACUGAACUGGAGCGAGUGAAGAGUGAAAAGGAGCAGCUGGAGAGCAGUCUGGCAGAGAAGAGUCAGACAUUGGAAAGUGUACAGGCUUUGAAAAACAGUCUGGAGGAACAGUUAAAAGACACCCUUAGCAGCAAGAGUGCUUUGGAGAGUCAAGUGUUUGAAGAGAAAGACAAAUCUCAAAGACUUCAGACUGAGCUGGAUGUCAGCGAGCAGGUCCAGAGAGACUUCGUCAAACUGUCUCAGACUCUUCAGGUGCAGUUGGAACGGAUCCGGCAGGCGAACUCGUUAGAGCGCAUCCGGGUCAUCCUCAACGACACCAACUUUACAGACAUCAGCCAGCUUCCCGAAACAUGAUGUCACUUCCUCUUUAUGACUCCAGUGCUCAUAUAUAAAUACACAUACGCACUCCACUUCCACCCCAGCUCCAACUUCAUCACUGUGCCUAUCCCGACGAGAUUUCUCUAGCCGAUCAAACAGGCCUGGGAAUCUGAAAAGCAAAGAGCUGGGGAUUCACAAAACAUAAUCAAAAUCUUUGGUGUGUGGAGGACCUGAGAGUCUUAGAGAUCACUACUGAUACCUACUACUGCUAUUGACUAGCUUGUAAAUACGUUAGCAAGAAGAAAGGCCGAUGGGUUUUAGCCAGAUUUGUGUCUUGUGAUGCGGUUUACUGUGGAUCCUGCGAUGAGGAGCUGCUGUUUUUUUUUAAUGAACGAGAGUCCAUGAUAAUCAUUUACUGUGACUAUCCCAUACCCCGAUUCUACCAAAGUUCUCGUCUCAUCUUUAUAUUUUCACUCUUUUCUCUACCGACGCUGCUCAGCUUCUCUUCCUUUCCAUGUUUUGAACUAGAAGCAGUGACCUAUGAAGGAAAACGCCCCUGAAGUGUUUUGUACAUACGAGUAUAUGUACAGAGUAUAUGUGUAUAUUGAAUUAGUUAAGUUAAUACACUCAGUCUCGCUCUUUACAGUUUGACACGCGCUGUGUUUCUCCCGUCCGCCAAUCAUUUCACCGGGAUGUACUUAUUGGCUGUGUUGUGUGGCUGUUUUUCUUCUACAUACAUUUGAAAUCCUCCUUAAUGUGUUUUGCUUGAAGUUACUGCUUUUUUUUGGUUGUAACGGACAGGUUUUUGCUUGUUUUGUGUUUUUUAUUUCAUACAUGCAUACGUUUUAGUUAAUCUGAUUUGUAUUUAAAUAUGCCUGCUCUCGAGUAGCGGCUCUGAUUCUGAUGCACAUUUUAUUCGUCGGGUAUAUAGCACACAGACCGUUUUCAAAAGUAUUCCUCCGUCCCUAUCAAUCUGAAAACUGCGUAAUGAAAGACGCCUAGCAGUAUAUAAAUGAAUCACACUAUGCUUGUUAUUUAUAUCAGACUUUGGGAUGUUCUGUGUGACUAAAAGGCAUCUUAAAAGCUGGAGAGUUUUGCAUAUCACGGUAAAAGUGGUAUAAUAACCUACCUGUAUUCAUUUUAUAAGUAAAAACCUUGAUUGGCAAAAAACGAACUUGUUUGGAAUGUCAAAAAUAUAUUGAAAAGAUGUAGGGAUAAUUGUUUUAAAUAAUUUCAGGCUGGUUUUUGAGAUCACAACUGGCAACCCAGCUGCAAGAAGUAUAUGCACUAUACAUUCAACAGUAAGACUAAACGGCACAUAUUUAGUUUUUGUAGAUGGGACUCAAACUUAUUUUAAUGAAUAUUUUUAAAGAAAACAUUACUUUUGUUUAGGUUGCAUCAUUUUUUAUUGCUUUCUGAGUGUUUAGGAAAACCAUCCAUAUGAUAUUUGGCUAAAUCAGAAAAACGGCGAGUCAAAACCCAGUACUUCCAUGUGUAAAAUAUCUAAAUAUCCACUCUUAAAAAAAAUGCAAGUCAAAAAGAGACGACCCCAGCUUGCUAGGAUGUAAUUUAACACAUGCUGGGUUGUUGGGUCAAACAUCAUAUGUGACCCUGGACCACAAAACCAUAAGGGUCCAUUUUUUAUUAUUAUUGAGAUGUAUACAUCAUCUGAAAGCUGAAUAAAUAAGCUUUCAUUGAUGUAUGGUUUGUUAGGAAUUAAUAAUUUGAAAUCUGAGGGGGAUAAAAGUUUGAAUAUUAAGAAAAUUGUCUAAAUGAAGUCCUUAGCACUGCAUUCACUCACAAAAAUAAAAGUUUUGAUAUAUUUACGCUAGGAAAUUUACAAAAUAGCUUCAUGAAACAUGAACGUUAUGUAAUAUCCUAACGAUCUUUGGCAUAAAUAAAAAAGUUUUAUUUUGACCCAUACAAUGUAAUUUUGGCUUUUGCUACAAAUAUACCUGGGUGAUUCUCACGAAAUCCAGAUUUAGAAGGUGUCCAUGCAUCAGAAUUUUUAAAAAGCCCUUGAAGCCAUUAUUUUUAGAGGAUUUAAAAAAUAUUUCCUAUAGAAUUAUUAAAGCAAUAAGCCCCAAGAAGCAGUGGGUUACCAGUGCAUUUUAUAACAGCUAAGGGGCGUUGUUAAAACCCCCUUAGCUGUUAUAAAAUGCACUGUAACACCACUGCUUCGCGGGGCUUAUUGUGUUUAUAAACCGGUUACUUCAUAUGCAUAACAGGGUUUCAUAAAAUGAAACACAAUUAAGGUGUAAUUAUAUUAGUACAAAUAUCACUCUUCCGCCAAACAAAGUAGUUCCUCAGAAUCAAGUGUGGCUGCAACAGAGCGCAGUUCUCAACCAACACAGACGCAGCAAAGACACAAUGAAAAUAUGAUUUAAGACUGUGGUGUUUAUUUUUAUAAAUCAACAUUCAUCUAAUGCAAUUGUAGACAAAUUAAAAAUAUGAUUAAAGACUGUGGUGUUUAUUUUCAUAAAAUAGUACGCAGCAACAGUGCCGCAGAGAUACUUAUGUAAUGCAGCCUGUACCGUGGGUUUACUGGGGUAUUUUAUCACGGCUUAGAACGCGUUUCAACCAAUCAGAAUGAAGAACCAGAACUUCCCGUUUUAUAAUUAAAUUUUUAGAUUAUCAUUAUCAAAAAUUAUCAUUACCGCAACAUGAUAUUACAUUAAAUAUAUGCAUUUACAAACUCAUGUUUCGGUAAUGAGAACUAAAAAGUUGUCUAGGUACUAUGACAAACAAAAUGUUAACUUUUAUCUGGAGAGAAAAAAUAAGAACUGCUUACCUGGUAGCCAUCUUGAGUGUCAGUCAAUUAUGUCCCUUCCAACAAUUUUUUUGUUUUGUUGAAAAUGUUAGUUCCUUGGUGGCUUAAACAAUGA